CAAGUUCUGCUUGCCUUUGGGGUGUGUGUUCCUGUUGUGACAGAGCUUAGGAGCGUUCCAAUUUUUUCCUGAGCUGUUAUAAUUGUAUUUUCUAGGUCCUGAGAUGGAGUCCCAGGUGCGUCAGAACUUCCAUGCUGAGUGUGAGGCUGCUGUGAACCACCUGGUGAACCUAGAGCUCUAUGCUAGCUAUGUCUAUCUGUCUAUGUCCUACUACUUUGAGCGGGAUGAUGUGGCCCUGAGGCAUGUGGCCCAGUUCCUGAAGGAACAGUCUCAUGAGCAGAAGGAGCAUGCAGAGAAGUUCCUGACCUAUCAGAACAAGCGAGGGGGAAGCAUUGUCUUGCAGGAAAUCAAGAAGCCAGAGCAGGAUGAGUGGGGGAACAGCCUGGAGGCCCUGCAGUGUGCCCUGAAGCUGGAGAAGACUCUGAACCAGGCCCUGCUGGACCUGCACAAGCUGGCUACAGAGAAGAAUGACCCCCAUCUGUGUGACUUCCUGGAAUCUGACUACCUGGAGGAGCAGGUGAAGGCCAUCAAGCGGCUGGGAGAUCAUGUCACCAACCUGAAGCGCCUGGGAGUGCCCCAGAAUGGCAUGGGAGAGUACCUGUUCGACAAGCUCACCCUGGGGGAGAGCAGCUGAACUACGAGCUGAGUGUCAUGCAGACCUGUAGGUCUUCAUAGCCAAAUAGACAAGGUGUAGCAACCUAGGGCCAGGCACUGACAAUAAAAUGUUCUAUGCAUCCAAUAUCCUGGGUCUUUGAUUUGCUCAAGAUGAGAAUUCCUAUUCUUCACACUGUGCAGAUGGGAUGACUGGUAUGUUGGGGCAUGGCAGUAGGGUCCUACUCAUCACUGCUUCUGAGGGCAAGAGCAGAGUGUAAAAUACUCUGGCCUCUCAAAUUCUUGAGAUUACCCAAGGUUUGAUGUUCUAUGUUGCCAUAGAAUGGUGUCUCUCACCACAACCUACCCCAAAGGGUCACUAUCCCUGUAGCUACUGAUCUUAGCUGGGAUGUGGGGGAAACCCAGUUAAAAUCUCAGCUUUGCCUGAGUCGGAGCUGGGCCUCAAGUGUGACUUCUCCCACCCCAGGUGACUGUAGUAACAGACUAUGCUGGGGUUAGUCUCCCUUGAUGGCUUUCAGCAGAAUAGGAGAAAUCUCUCUUCUUGAAGCUGGUACUACUAUGGAGGGUGUGGUCUAAAACCACACUGUGACAGGGCCUCCUGAUAGUUAUGUGGCAUCACUCCACUCAUCUCCCACUACAUCCUCUCCCUCCUUUACUAGGGCUCUGAAGUAACCUCAUCCUGUACAAAGGGAGCUGCUCAAUGACUCACUCCCCACCCUGAAGGGCCAUCUAGGUGAGGUAAAGUUCCUCUUCCUUCCAGCCUGAACUUCCUGCUAAAGAGCUCUCCUCCCUCUGCCUCAUGUCCCCUCAGCUACUCCAACUGUCCUUCUCCUCCUGCAGCUUCUGUUAGAAGCACACAGCUGGGCUUGAAUGAAAUUCAGAUGGGGGUUACCUACUGAUGUGUGCCAAGUGAAGAGGCGUAGCUUCUAACUGUAGUACUGCCCUGUGGAGCUAAGAGGGUAUUCACAGAGCCCAGGCGAAGGACACUGCAUGACUGUUUGUUCUUUCUCAGGGAAAUGGGGAAAAUCGACCCAGUUCCAACCUUCACUCCCCAGGAGUCAAGAAAGCAGGAAACUUUCCUACCAUCCAUGCUAGUGUUAGAAAAUGUUGGCAACUCACCCUGUGGGAGGAGUAGGGGUAAAUAACUCUAGACUUAGUGUAACC